AUGGCAAGGUACUGCGGAAAGGAAUUAAAUAAAUUCCAACAAAUUCCAGUGUUUCAGCAUGUGGGAAGUCCCAUCCAAUCGGAGUCUCACCACACCACAUCUAAAGCUGGAGAAACUUCUCCUGCAUCACUCUACAGCAUUAACAUUAAGGAAGCUGUGACCAAGAUUGCUUCAAAGAAUGGUCGGCGAUUAGCCAAAUGCAAUCCUGCUCGAGAUGGCAUCGGCAAGAUGGUCAAAAGCGUAGAGAUACCGUUCAAGAGGCUCUCCUCGCAUUAA